AUGGCGCAAGCUUCAGAAGGAACGGCUGAAGCAGCGGCAGGAGCCACCGGAGGUGUGAGCCAUCUCCCGUGGCAGCAGGUCCCGAAGUUUACGCCAGGGGUGACAAGCGUGGACGAGUACUCUCAACGGCUUCGCUUUCUCAAAGAGUUGUGGCCAGCCGAGCAUCUGUCGUUGUUGGCUCCCCGGGCAGCCCUCUUGGUGGAGGGGGCCGCCUUCCAAAAGGUGAGCCGGAUCAAGCCCGAGCAGUUGCGAGGACCUGAUGGUGUGAAGUACCUUGUGGAGUCGCUGGGCGGGUCUUGGGGAAAGACCACAGUGGAGGAGCGAUACCACUUCUUUGAGCAGGCCAUCUUUCAGACGCAACAGAAGGCGGACGAGAGUAACGAUUCGUACAUUGCCAGACACGACGCUUUCUUUGAGGAACUCUUGAGCCGUGGGGUGACCCUUGAAGAGAUCCGCGCCUAUGUUCUUCUCCGUCAUUCCUUGUUGGCCCCGGAGGACAAGAAGCGUGUGAUCGUGGAAGCCAAGGGCGACUUGAAGUACCAAGAAACGGUCCGAGCAGUGCGGCUCUUGGGGUCCAAGUUCUUCACAGACUUUCAGAACCGUAGUGGCCCGGGAAAUGCCAAGGCAAUGGAUCGAAGCAAGGUCUACGACAUCCACAUGACGACAGACGACGACACCUUUGAGGAAGUGCACAUGGCGAUGGGACAGGACGAGGACCUCAGCGAUGAGCUCAUCCUGGCUCACUUCCUUGAGGCCAAUGACGAGGACGCCAUCUACAUCACGGAGUUUGAAGAUCAGAUAGUGGAGGCGGUGCAGGAGAGUGAGUUGGCCCCAGUCUUUGCCUCGUACCAAGAAGCUCGUCAAAAGCUGCGGGACAAAGCAAAGUCCAGGGGGUUCUGGCCCAUCAAGGGCAAGAUGAAGGGGAAGGGCCAGUCCGGGAAGAGAGGCAAGGGUUAUGGUUCCUGGGAUGGGGGCCGUCGACGUUCCCUUGCAGAUCGGAUCGCCAACUCCAACUGCAAACAAUGUGGGGCCAAAGGGCACUGGAAGCGGGAGUGCCCGAAGAACGACGCUAAGCCAGAGGCGACCUUGUUUGCCCAGAUCCAGCCGACCGAUCCCUUCCAAUCGGAGGUUCUCCAGACCCUGCCAGACUCCGAGCCCUUCAACAUCGAUGAGGACGACAGCGCAUGGACACAGAGAGGGGUUAGCACAGGGACAGGGAAUACUGGAGUAAUUCAGGACUUCGGGGAGACUUGCUUUAUGGUUGCGCCAAAGGUGGGGCCUUCUUUGUCUCUCGAGUCUUGCCUUGCACGACGUUUGUUAAUGAUUCACAGGACAUGUAGGACGCCAAGCUGUGCGCCGCCGGGUGCAUCUUCUGAGGCGCAAGGGCCGGCAACCGCGCCGAAGCAGGCAGUUUUGAGACGCAGCAAGCCCAGUCCCAUAAUUCCUGAAGCAAUUCUAGUAGCCACUGUAGGUACUGAGGGGGUGCUAGAUACAGGGGCCAGUAGGACUGUGCUAGGAGACCAAAGGGUUCGAGAAGUGAUAAGCGGUCUUGCUGCAGAGUGUCGCGGUCGAGUAAGGAAGAUAGCUUCUGAUGUCACCUUCCGUUUUGGAAACAGCGGGACACUCACGUCAAAAUUUGCGCUGCUGCUGCCCACCUCAGAAGACACAUGGGUCAGAGUUGAGGUGAUCCCCGGAAACACUCCUUUGUUGAUAUCAAAUCGUCUUCUCAGGGACCUAGACGCAGUUAUUCAUGUUAAAGAGGGGUAUUUAAUGCUGGGUGGUUCUAGGAGACCUUAG